GCAAGCAGCCCUGAUGACCCAUGCCACCUGGUCCACCAAGAUCAGCAACAACUGACAUAAACGUCUGGUUGGAUCUUAAGAGGAUUAUAGAUACAUUUUUGGUUCUAAGGUUGACUGACAGGUUCACAUCCCCACCCAUUUUCUCGUUGCUCAGCCUGUCCAAAGCCUUCAUCAUGGUGGAUGCGGCCACUAAAAAGACCCUGAGUAGCAUUCCACUGAUGAAAACGAAGGCCGGUCCCCGAGACCGUGAUCAAUGGGUGGAGCGACUCAAGGAAGAAUACCGAGCAUUGAUCGCCUACGUCGAGAACAACAAACAAUCCGAUUCCGAUUGGUUCCGGCUCGAAUCCAACAAAGAGGGCACACGAUGGUUUGGCAAAUGCUGGUACAUCCAUGAGUUGCUCAAGUACGAAUUUGACGUCGAGUUUGACAUUCCCGUGACCUAUCCCAUGACCGCACCCGAAAUUUCUUUGCCCGAAUUGGACGGGAAAACGGCUAAAAUGUAUCGCGGCGGGAAAAUCUGCAUGACCGACCAUUUUAAGCCUUUGUGGUCGCGAAACGCGCCCAAGUUUGGCAUUGCCCAGGCCAUGGCCUUGGGAUUGGGGCCAUGGCUGGCCGUGGAAAUCCCAGAUUUGAUUCAGAAAGGAGUGGUCAAGUAUCAAGAGAAGAAGGCCGAAUAACAACGCUCACGUGGGUGGACGUCUUUCGGAGCGAAGUUCACUCGGGGGUGUUGAUUUUUUAUUGUUAUCAUUAUUUUUUAUAUGUUACAAUUACAACACUAAAACGAAAGAGAAAACAAGGCAACAAUGACGUUCCCGAA